AUGUCCGAACUCGAGCUUAAUCGUUCAGAGAAGAAGAAAAAGAAGAGCAAAUCCAAAGACCAAGACACGAUCAACAAAACUUCCGACGAUGCCACUGACGCUGUUGAUUAUCUCAUUAAACCACAGAGCUUCACUCCAUCGAUUGACACCUCCGAAUGGCCGAUUCUCCUCAAGAACUAUGACCGCCUUAACGUUCGAACCGGACACUAUACGCCACUUCCCUCCGGCUACUCUCCUCUCAAACGCCCCCUCGCUGAGUACAUCAGGUAUGGUGUUAUCAACCUAGAUAAACCUGCUAACCCUAGCUCGCACGAGGUUGUAGCUUGGAUCAAACGGAUCCUCCGAGUCGAAAAAACCGGCCACAGCGGUACACUCGACCCAAAAGUCACCGGAAACUUAAUCGUUUGCAUCGAUAGAGCCACUCGCCUUGUUAAAUCACAACAAGGUGCUGGAAAAGAGUACGUAUGUGUUGCUCGACUCCAUUCCGAUGUGCCUGAUGUCGCGAAAGUGGCUCGCGCAUUGGAGACGUUAACAGGUGCAGUUUUCCAACGUCCGCCAUUGAUUUCAGCUGUUAAAAGACAGCUCCGGAUUAGAACCAUUUACGAAAGCAAACUCCUGGAGUAUGAUGCCGAUAAGCAUUUAGUCGUGUUCUGGAUCUCGUGUGAAGCUGGUACGUAUGUUAGAACACUCUGUGUUCAUUUAGGUUUGAUUUUGGGCGUUGGUGGACAUAUGCAGGAACUGAGAAGAGUCAGAUCUGGUAUCAUGGGAGAGAAAGAUAACAUGAUAACUAUGCAUGAUGUCAUGGACGCACAAUGGAGUUACGACAAUUACAGAGACGAAACUUAUCUCCGCCGUGUGAUCAUGCCAUUAGAGGUCUUGUUAACCAGCUACAAACGAUUAGUCGUGAAGGACUCUGCUGUGAACGCAAUCUGUUAUGGUGCUAAACUGAUGAUUCCAGGUUUGUUAAGAUUCGAAAACGACAUUGAAAAUGGUGAAGAAGUGGUGUUGAUGACUACAAAAGGGGAAGCGAUUGCUCUUGGGAUUGCAGAGAUGACUACAGCUGUAAUGGCUACUUGUGAUCAUGGAGUUGUGGCGAAGAUCAAGAGGGUGGUGAUGGAUAGAGAUACUUAUCCUAGGAAAUGGGGGUUAGGGCCCACUGCUUCAAUGAAGAAGAAACUGAUUACCGAAGGGAAACUGAGCAAACAUGGAAAAGCAAAUGAGAAAACUCCGGCUGAGUGGCUGAGGAAUGUUGUGUUGCCUACUGGCGGUGAUUCGGUGGUUGCUAGUCUUGCAGCUGCACCUGUGCAAGAAGAAACUGUAGAAGCUUCAGAUCUGAAAGUUGUUGACAGUGAGAAGAAAAAGAAGAAGAAGAAGGAAAAGGGUGUUGAAGAUGAAGGGCAAAAGAGGAAAUUGGAAGAGGUUGAUGUUACAGAUCCAGAUACACCAGUAGCUUCCAAGAAACAGAAGGUUGAAGAAGUGAUGAUGAAGCAAGCAAAAGCUCGAAGAAGAAGGAGAAGAAGAAAAAGAAGAAAGAAGCCGAAGAAGAGUGAUGAUGAUGUGUUGUGCGGUAAGGAUGGAGAAGGCUACGCGUAG